AUGAACCAAGUGCUACACCCGCAACUUGACCUGCAGAAGACGAUGGUGCACAUUCCCGACAUCAAGGCUGGUGGCGCUGUUGUAUGGCUAUGUGACACAAUCCACGCUGUUGAUAAAGUGCACAUGGGCAAGUCCGAUUCCAGCGUCAUGUAUAUUCCAAUCUGUCCGUCACUGAAGGAAACACGGAGUAUCUUCGUCGCCAACGAGACACCUUGUUGCAAGGGUUGCCAGGUCCAGACUUCCCUGGCGACAAUGGAGAGUCUGUGCACUUUGGCCGACCGACCGACAUGUACCUAG